AUGUCCAAUGAAAUGGAAGUCGACCCUCCCGUUGGAGGUGAAGCUCCCGAGCAGCCUACCAAUGAAUUUGACCCCCACACCUCAACGGGCGCUGUCGCUGUGCGCAGUAUCGAAGGAUGGAUUGUUAUGGUGUCAAACAUUCACGAAGAGGCAGCCGAAGAGGACGUGAAUGAGCUCUUUGCAGAAUACGGCGAGAUAAAGAACUUCCACCUGCCCCUUGAUCGUCGCACAGGUUAUGUCAAGGGAUACGCCUUGAUUGAAUUUUCGACACUUCCCGAGGCCAGCGAGGCCAUCAAGAACCUGAAUGGCUAUAAACUUCUCGAAAAAACCAUUGGAGUGGACUACGCCUUUAUCCGCCCUCCUCCUUCCCGCAAGGACAAGGAUACUAAGGGUACGAAGGGAUCUCGCGGUGGCCGGGAUCGCAGCCGCAGCCCUGAGGGUGACAAUUAA